AUCACUGGUAGAUAACAGUUGACAACUCAGCUAUAGCAUAGUUUAAUGUCAAUGUUAGUGACCUCUUGUGGUGCUUAUGCAAUGAAACCAUAAUGGCCUGUUGUCACAUUGUUGCCAAAAACGUAGAAGAUAGAUAGUCAACACUAGCCUAUUUACGUGACUGAUUAGUGACUUAGCUCAAUCAUAUGCUGCUACAAUCGUAGAUAUAAGCAAACAAUAAAGACAACGUAUGUAGCCUACACACGACUCCAAAGUUUCUAAUUAUACACUUGCUCACACACACAAAGGAAGGAUACACAUAUGCUGUUUAAGUCUUGUUAUAUAUUUUCCACAUAUAGAUAGUCUAUACUUCAACAUUCUUUAGUAUUGUUCAAGCACCGCAUUAAGGCUAGGAAAAAAUGACUAGAAAUGAAAGAUACAGACAUAAAUUGAAGGCGGCGCGGUUUGCGUCUCUGUCUCUCGCGCUCUAGUCAUUUUACAAAUUGUCGCACCUAGACGGCGACAUAGAGCUCGAGUCUGCUAAAAAACAACAACAUUUCAGCCUCUUUUCCUCCUGGCCAAAAUGCCUGAGCACGUUUGAGUGACCAUGGAGCGCGUUUUGCCGUCAUGUAGUGAAACGUUGACACGCGGAGGAUUUAUCUCGGAGCAAUGAAAGUUUAAAGCGCACCGAAGGAGGACAACAUGGCUGUGCAGGAGGAAGGAGAGGUUUUGCACAGUAAAAUCAGACAGCACGAUGGUGUUGUUGGCAAUGCAAACAGCGGGGAGAGCUUCAGGAACGGCUAUGUGAAGAGCUGCGUCACUCCGUUAAAACAAGACCAUUCGAGGGGCUUUUUAUUCAACGUCUGUAGGUUUUGCAAUGAGGAUAUUCUCAAGUCCAAACUAUUCCGCGGCUCGGCUCUCUACGUGGGAGCGCUGGCAGUCCUGGCGCUCUCCUGCUUCAUUUCGAGGUGCUUUCAGAGUGGACACGGCGUCUCGGACCUGCGGACUUUCCUCUUUGAUUUCUCCCAGUCCAUCAGUCCUUUAUUCAGCAUCGGCUGCGCGUAUUUCUUCCUCACCCUGUACCUGAGGCGGACGAAGAGGGAGAGCAGCAGAUGUUGGCUUUUGUCCUUACCAGCAUCAUGCUACUUGGGGGAUUUGAUGGUCUUGCGCUUGUUGCAGUGGGGAGAGGAGCACCAGCAGAUGCAAAUGAUGGGCAGGUUGCUGUUUGUGCUGGGCUGCGUGGGUCUGCUCACUCUCAUCCCCACUCUCAAACUCAAACACAGCGUCCUGAUCCUGGUCUUCGCCAGCCUGGUGUGGCUGCUGUCUUUCACCAGCCUCGGCUGUCUGUCUCCGUCCCUCAGGCCGGUGCUGGCGUGUACGGCGGGGGUCUCCGGCUCUUUGCUGGCGCUCUGUUUCGAUCACUAUUACCCACCGAGGGAGACGGCCAGCAGGAUUCCUAACGCGGAGGAGAAAGUUCCCGUCAUCAGACCCAGGAGAAGGUCCAGCUGUGUUUCUUUGGGAGAGACGUCCAGCAGUUAUUAUGGCAGUUGUAAGAUGCCCCGCAGACCUUCUCUGCCCUGUAUAUCCAGAGAACAGAUGAUCCUGUGGGACUGGGACCUUAAACAAUGGUACAAGCCACAAUAUCAGGGUGCAGUGAGUGGCAAUGGUGUGGAUCUCUCUGUGAUAAACGAGGCCAGGAACCUGGUCUCAGACCUGCUGGUGGACCCGUCUCUCUCACCACACGUCCUCUCGUCACUGCGCAGUGUGAGCAGCCUCAUGGGAGCUUUCUCUGGGUCCUGCCGGCCCCGGGUCAACCCCUUCACCCCCUUCCCCGGCUUCUACCCUUGUGCUGAGAUCGAAGACCCCUCAGAGAGAGGAGAGAGAAAGCCACUGAAGGGUCUGAGCAGCAGGAACAGUCUCCCUACCCCUCAGCUGAGGCGCAGUUCAGCCUCUUCCUCUCUGUCCCCACUGGAGUCUGCCUCGUCACGCUGGGAACGCACCAAUGGAAAGAGAUCUCACUCUGAGCUCAGCAGCCAGAGUUGUGUUUCUAAUGGGCCCAACAGCAACUUGCUGACUAUUCCUAAACAGAGAUCCUCCUCCGUCACACUCUCCUAUGGCCACACGAUACCCAGAAGACCAGGUGCUUCUCCCAGCCUGAGUCCCGUCAGCUCCCCGAGUCACAGUCCCCCUGCUGCUCCCGGCUCCUCUCUGGUCACACGCUCUCCAGUGGAGUUCCCAGACACUGCUGAUUUCCUCACCAAGCCCAGUGUCAACCUGCACAAACCACUGGGCUACACACUGAGCUCACCUGAUUUCCAGCCACACUAUCGAGGUCCCUCCUCGGCCCCCUUGUGCACCAGUUGUGGCCGACAGAUGUUAAAAAGUGUGGCUAGCAUAGAGGUGGGUGAGGGCCAUCAUGCAACAGGCAAUGAGACGCAAAGAACACGCUCAGCUGAAGGAGCAGAGUAUGGUGGGGAAAACUUGAUCCGAGAGGAGAGCUUGGAGGCAGAGUCUCAGGAGGAGAGGACUGCAGACGCAGCAGGGGAAAAACUAAAUAGCCAGCCUGAGGAAGAGGAACAGACCUCCAGUACGGAGCAGUCCUCAUUGGAUCCUGAGGGAGACGAGGAGUUCAGGUUGGACUCUAUGCUGGUGGACCAUGAAGCACUCAUGGAAAGGAUCAACACCUGGAACUUCCAGAUCUUUGAGCUGAUGGACAUGACAGGAGGAAAGACUGGCAGGAUUCUCAGCUAUGUGGCGUACACUUUGUUCCAGGACACGGGUCUGUUCGAAAUCUUCAAAAUCCCUGUGCGGGAAUUCAUGACGUACUUUUGCGCUCUGGAGAACGGCUAUCGUGACAUCCCCUAUCACAACCGUGUCCAUGCCACUGACGUCCUUCAUGCGGUGUGGUAUCUUACCACCCGGCCAAUCCCAGGCUUUCAGCAGAUCCAUAAUGAGCAUGUCACAGGAAGUGAUACAGAUUCGGACAGUGGAAUUUCCCCAGGCAGGGUGGCAUAUGCCACCUCCAAAAGUUCCUCAUUCUCGGAUGACAGUUACGGCUGUCUGGCCUGGAAUAUCCCAGCGCUGGAACUCAUGGCACUAUAUGUAGCAGCUGCUAUGCAUGACUAUGAUCACCCUGGUCGCACAAAUGCCUUUCUUGUAGCCACUAACGCUCCUCAGGCGGUGUUGUAUAAUGACCGUUCAGUUUUGGAGAACCACCAUGCAGCCUCUGCCUGGAGCCUGUUUCUUUCCCAGCCGGAGUUCAACUUCCUGUGCAGUUUGGACCACGUUGAGUUUAAGCGUUUUCGGUUCCUAGUCAUAGAGGCCAUCCUCGCAACAGACCUAAAGAAACACUUUGACUUCCUAGCAGAGUUUAAUUCCAAGGUUAAUGAUGUGAAUAGUCCAGGCAUCGACUGGACUAAUGAAAAUGACAGGUUGUUAGUGUGCCAAGUGUGCAUUAAGCUGGCAGAUAUCAAUGGGCCAGCCAAAGACCGCAGCCUUCACCUCAAAUGGACAGAGGGUAUCGUCAAUGAGUUUUAUGAGCAGGGGGAUGAAGAAGCCACUCUAGGAUUACCCAUCAGUCCUUUCAUGGAUCGCUCGGCACCACAGUUAGCAAAGCUGCAGGAGUCUUUUAUCACGCACAUCGUCGGGCCUCUUUGUAACUCCUACGAUGCUGCCGGCCUGCUGCCGGGAUACUGGAUUGACGAGGAGGGCUCAGACGAUGAAGAAGAAAUGGAAGACAUUGAAACGGAAGAUGAAGAGCUGGACGAGGAUCUUGAACCAAAGAGGAGGAAGGGUGAACGUCGGUUAUUCUGCAGCAUCAUGCAGCACUUAACAGAGAACCACAAGGUGUGGAAGAAGACCAUCGAAGAAGAGGAGAAAGCCAAGGAGCUGGAAAAUCAUCAGCAGCAGCAGCAAUCUGAGAGCCCCAGCCUUCCUCCGUCCACCUCCUCCUCCGACGACAUCCAGGUCAUCCAAGAGGAGGCCGAGGAGGAGGAACGGCAGUAGCAAGAGGAGAAGGUCAAGAAAAGACCCCUCCCUUUCCUUCACCUACACAAACACACACAUUGACACCCAGAGGAAGACCCUAGCGGUCUCCCCACGCUGAAAAUCGUCACCGACACUCUGAAGCUAAUGCAGUUCACAUUGUGUUGAAAAAAAGGCCUUACUACUGUGAGAGGACCCUUUGGUGGGAACCCCACUCCUAUGCACUUUCACCCCAUGGAGAAUCGGCGGAGAACGAACAGAGCUUUGAAGACGCCGGACCGUGUUGUGAGAUUAAAACCAGACGGAGAAGAACACAGACAGGAGACAAUCGUGCCAUCCCAUGGUUCCCUGGCUGUGACGCUGCCUUGAACAUAGAGCUCUUAACUCUCCCGUAGGUACUUAAGUCCAAAAGGACACGAAAAAGACAAUGACAUAAUUGACACCCGUUACCAAAGCGAACAGUUCAAAAACAGAAAGACUGCGACUGAAGCCGUUUCAGGCUCAGUGUCAGGAAGCAUAACUCGAAAUGUGCCUGUCUGAACUUAAAAAAAAGAUAUAUAUAUAUAUAUAUAUAUAUAUAUAUAUAUAUAUAUAUAUAUAUAUAUAUAUAUAUAUUAGAUAUAUAUAUAUAUAUAUAUAUAUAUAUAUAUAUGAAAUAUUGUUUGUUUUUAUUUUUCUUGUGGUCCAGAAAAUGGGCUAUGUACGCUGCACUGUAUGUGCAGUCCCCAAUUCAUGCUGGCGACAUAAAACACUGUAUUACUGAACAGAGUCAUUAGGACAAGUGGAAAUGCUGACAUUUUGACUGAAAAAUGACCUGACUUCUGCAUCGUUUUGGAUGCUUUUUAUUCAUGUUGGUCACUUUCUUGCAGUUUUUUUUGUUUGCCUUUGUUGUUUCUUUCUUUCUUUUUUUCUUUCUUUUUUAUUUCCAUUUGUGGUGUCCCCCGGCUCCCCUUUUCUCCUCUUCAGGAACGCUGAGUUGCCAAUUAUUCUCUGUAAAGUCCAUCUGUGUUUAAAAGCAUAGCAAAUGGGACAGGAAUGCUGUUCAAAUGAAGGGACGUUUCUCCUUUUUUACGUUUAAAUAGAUCUAUUUUUUCACGGUUACUCAGGAUUCAUGUGAAGGAUUGAUCCUUGUUUUUGGCGAAAAUUUAAUUCUGCAAUUUCAACUUGCACGUCGAACGUUCUUUUCAGGGGCGGGGCAAAAAAAAAGUUUCUAUUUUUUGUACGAAUAGCUUGAAAGUCGCUAGCAACAAAAGAUGCUCCCCCAAAGUGCAGUGUCCUACAUAUUAACCCCCAUCGUUAUCAGCUGCUCCAGACCAGUAUAUCCAUGUUUAUUUUUUCAAAGACCCCCUGAUAAGAAUUGGGAGCCAGGGAAGUUAACUGAAAACUGAAUGUUUGAGUUAGCAUGCAUGUCAUAGACUAAACAUUGCUUUGGGGUAACUUCAUGUUUGGCAUUAUUUGAACAUGCUUGUACUUUAAUUAUUGCCAAACGCAAAAUCCGGCCAGUUCAUUUUCUAGGAAUCCAGGGUUUCACCUUGAAAGCUGUACUUUUUUCCCUGUAUAUUUUCUUAUUCUUCACCAUAAGGCAAGUUUAAUACUAAUAGUUCUAUAUUUUUUUGUCUGAAGCAAGAACUCUAGGCAUUCCACUAGAAUAAUGAGGGAAGUACGGGGAGGUGGAGACGAACCUGGGUCUCCAGGUCUCUUUCUCUCUCUCGGUCUGCCUCACCUCAACAAAAACUCAUUUUGUCUCUGUAGAGGAAAGUUCUCAAGUAGGCAGUGUAAAUCAAGCUAGUAUAUUUAAGAGUAAAAAAAAAAAAAAAGAAAGAUACAAAUGUGCACAUUUUACUACCAAACAAGUGUUUAACCUCUGCACAGAAAGAAUACUUGCAUAUAUAAAUAUAUAUAUUAUAUAUUUUUUAAUUAAUCAACAAUGUGUCUGUUUUCUACAUACAGCUGACAUAUAUUGUACAUUGAGACCAUGUAAUUAUCAUCUUGUUUCAGGAGUUUUUUUUUUUUUAAUCUAAUGCUAUUUGCAGAUGUGGAUUUGUUUGGGUGUUGUGUUUUUCAGUUUUUUUUGUUUUUUUGUUUUUGGGUGCACUGUCUUUUGUUCCUGCCCAUAACCACUCUUUUGCAGAAAGCCCCUCAUUUCUAAAGCUUGUGGCGAUGCCGGAUGCCUCCCUGUCUCUGUCUCCCUUUGUGGGUUUGUUCAUUAGUCACUUUUUUGGCCUGUGCUCAGGGUGUGUUCUGUGUUGGGGGCUUGUGCGCACCCAAAGCAGCUUGUGGUGCUUCUAUUUCUCUUUUUCUGUUCAGACUGUGUUUCCAUCAGUUCUUGGAUCCGGGACUCCAGUGUGGCUCAGUUCGUCCCCCCUCCCCUCCACUUCACUGAGCUCACCCCGGCUGGGCUCAUACAGGUUGCCAAGCAGGGUGACGGCGGAUCAGAGCAUCACGGCGCCCCAUCCCCUCGUGUUGACCACUUGCUCGACUGUGAUAUCUCACUUUUGGGGGUUCGUCGCACCACAGUAACCUCCAAUGUUCCUGUCAUCAUUAACUUUACGAUGGCUUUCACUUUUUUUAUGUAGCAUUUAGAUGGCAAUGUCUGAUGUAACCAUUCAGCCUUUUCAGGGUUGUGGGGGGAAACUGACUUUUUUGUUAUUAUUUAUAGCUGUCAUAAAAGCACCAUCCCUGAACAAGA